AGGGAGGGACGCUUCUGUUUUCGUGCCAACGAACAUCUUUGACUACGCCUUUGAACUGUUUUAUUUAUUUUUUUAUUAUGCGGCGAACAACUCUUUAUAAAAAGAAAGAAAAAAACAAUGGCUCCGAGAUGAGUUUUUGUUCUGUUUCUUUAUAAAAUGUUUAAGACUCCCUGGAGUUCUUUUACUGGUCUUAAUUCGCCCUUCCUAUUUGGAGUUUGACAUUGUUAAAUACCUUCAGUGUUAUCGGGACCUUAGGGCCCAGACCGUAGCCCAGUGAACUGGUUUUAAUUUAAAAUUGUACAUUGCGGAGAUAAUGUGUUUUGUUCACGUUUUUCUUCUCUAUACGUUUAAAUACCGAGGCCAAGACCUAUUUAUAAAUUAGCCUAUUUUUAAAAAACCGAUUAAAUUAAGAGUGGAAAGCGAAAUGUUUAUACUCGAUAUCAAUAGGGGCCUGCGUCUAGUUGGAUUAUUCGUUGUGCGAUAUUUCGUAUUGCCAGCCGUUAUAGCCUACUGUCACAGGCUGCAUGACUAACGAAGCAAAAUAAACCGUUGAUCGAUUGUAAUGUUUGGAACUUUGCUACUCCCCAGGACAACAAAAAUCAAAGGCCUCCAGAAUACAAGGGAUGGUCUAUUAAAAUUACACUCCAAUGUCUUUUCAGAAGGGCGGGGUUCACUUCGACCCCUGGGCAACAGAAACGUGUAGAGGAAAACGUGUAGACUACUCAGAAACCAUGGCUUUCGUCGGUGUCAGACAAAUAAAGUAGGCUGACUGCCGAAGAUGAUGUGCACGAAGACUAAUUAGGCUAGUGUGUUAUAUCAGCAACAUAUAUUAGCUUACCUUUUCUUUAUGUAUGAAGACAAAAGAUCGGUCUACUCGCAUUUUGGUGAAUUGUAGCCUAUAGCAGCUGCCAAUAAAGCAAAUUAAAAGACUGCUUUAAUUGAUGAAUUACUUCCUCUAAAAAAACAGUGCCAUUCAGUUCGGACUGAAUGCAUUAAUUCAUUCUCUUUUGUUUAAAAAAUAAGUUGUUUUAAAUAUAAAGGUUUCCGAUAAACCCCACGGAGGUAGUUCGUGUGCUACCAAACACGCGCAGGUUUCUUCCCAUAGAAUUUGCAACAUGGGAGCACGCGGGCACGCUUUGGGAUGCCGCGGGCUGCUUCUCGGCGGAGUUUUUGCGUUUCUUCCGGGGAUAUUUUUUCUACAGGCAGAAGCCGGCUGUGCCGAGAGGGAAAACCCAAACUGUUGCACUGGACGAAACAAUGAAUGCCACGAAUUUUCCCGACGAAAAACUGUUUGCUACUGCGACACAUAUUGCCAGAAAACCGGGGACUGUUGUGAAGACUACCAACGUGUUUGUCAAAUAUCCGCAGCCAUCGACUGUGUGGUGGGUCGGUGGGGGGGGUGGAGCCAGUGCAGCGCCCCCUGUGGGGGGGGCAGUAAGGAGAGGAGCCGCCAGGUCACCAUGCCCCCCAGGAAUGGAGGGGCGCCCUGCCCAGACCUGAAACAGCGCCGAGGCUGCUUCGGCCAGAGCCCCACCUGCAGCUCCGCCAAAGAGGUGGCCAAAAUCCUGCCCGAUUCCUUCAAGAGGAACUUUAAGGACCCUUGGAGACGGCCGCACAUGCUGAUGAAGGAGGAGAUGCCCAGUUACUGUGUGCAGCUGCGGGUGAAGCAGGCCAGCGCCCCCUGCAGGCUGCAGGUGUGGACCGCCCAGCUGGUGAGAGAGAGAUCCGUCUGCGCAGAGUGCCAGAGCGACGCCAUGGACAGCAAACAGCGCUGCGGGGGAGACGGGCUGGAGGCCACACGGACGUUCUGGACUGCAGCGUCAGUGCCUGGCUGCCACGGGUCCUGGGUUCGAGAGUCAUCCACGGAGAACUGCCAUUGCCCGAUGCACUCUCUAAUCUUCGUGUAGCCCCCCCCCCCCCAUGCCAUGGCGAGUGCGCUCACGUGUGACUCAGGUGUAACCAAGGGAACGCCAGCCAGCCGCCUCCCCUGCCCGAGAUGGGAGGAGCAGCAGGAAAAACUGUUUCCUUUUCCUGGUGAUCUCCCUCCACCCUGACCACCCUCACACACACACGCAUGCCCACACACACAUGCACAUGCUCACGCAUGCCCACACACACACACACACACACACACAUGCGCACGCAUGCUCACACACACACACACAUGCGCACGCAAGCCCACACACACACACACAUGCGCACGCAUGCCCACACACACACACACACAUGCGCACGCAUGCCCACACACACACACACAUGCUCACGCAUGCCCACACACACAUGCACACAUGCACACACGCACACGCGCACACACACUCUCACUCUCACGCACAUACACCACCGCCUUAAUAAGCACAGUGACCACACGUGUACCCAGCAUUCUCUUCUUCCAAAGCACAAACACGUCUAUCAGUCUUCACCUCUGAGACUACGCUAUCUACCUCCAUAAAUGCAGGUGCAUUUAGUCAUGCAUAUAUGUAUAAUAUAUAAAUGGUAUUUUUGCUUUAUAUAUUUUUUACCUUUUUGUUUUAUGGCUAUUGGUCAAAUGGUAUGUGGCUUCUUCAUGUUAUGCGGCCCACGUGUGUGAAUGACAGGGAGAGCUUUGAAGCCAGACACAGCUCACACAGUCCCCAUUAGUGUACCUGCAGUCAUACACACAGUCCCCAUUAGUGUACCUGCAGUCAUACACACAGUCCCCAUUAGUGUACCUGCGGUCAUACACACAGUCCCCAUUAGUGUACCUGCAGUCAUACACACAGUCCCUGUUAGUGUACCUGCUGUCAUACACACAGUCCCCGUUAGUGUGUACCUGCAGUCAUACACAGCUCAUACAGUCCCCGUUAGUGUGUAACUGCAGUCAUACACAGCUCAUACAGUCCCUGUUAGUGUACCUGCUGUCAUACACACAGUCACCGUUAGAGUGUCACUGCAGUCAUACACAGCUCAUACAGUCCCUGUUAGUGUGUACCUGCAGUCUUACACACAGUCCCGUUAGGGUGUAUAACUGUGCUGUGCAUCUCCAGUGCUGUCUGUUAUCAUCCUGAGGUAUGCGCUGCCCCAGAACCCCAACAUUAGCCCCUGUGUCCCUGGACCUGUCAUUAGUUUGGUCUUGGGAACAUUCCAGCACGCUGAUUUUAAGAUGUCUCCCCCGCCCUCGCUCCCCGUUGCCACGCCUACUUGUCGACCAGCCACGUUUUCCCUGAAUCCUUGUUUUUAUUCCUGAAAUGUUUUUGUUGGUUACUAAUGUUGUUUAGAUCAAAGAGCCACAUGCGGAGGGUGUUGAGCAAGCCUUCUUUCCGAGAGACUCUUUCUGUGGGGAUUAUCACGCUUCUAAUUUAUCUUGAGUUCCCUCCAAAAAAUGUAAUGAAUGAUGGAAUGUCAGCUCGUAUCUCUCCAAAAUGGGGAAACAUUUCAAAAGGGCAGGGAAGUAAAAGCUAAACAGCCGAACGUUUGUUUCAGCUUUGAGUAAACAGCCGUGUGAGCUCACCUCUGGGGGGGGGGGGGGGUGCGCACGGGCGGAGGGGGCGUGGGGGCCUGGGUUAUGUCUCCUGGGCAGAGCAGGGACUGAGGCAGCUGCCUGAGCUGAAGUCUCACAUCUGUUAAAGGAGAAGGAAGGAGGACAGUGAGCGCUGAACAACCAGCUAGCCUCCUCCUCAGCACAGCAGGUUUAACUCCAGUCCUGGAGGGCAGCAAGCCUGCAGGUUUAACUCCAGUCCUGGAGGGCAGCAGUGUCUGCAGGUUUAACUCCAGUCCUGGAGGGCAGCAGUGUCUGCAGGUUUAACUCCAGUUCUGGAGGGCCGCAGUGCCUGCAGGUUUAACUCCAGUUCUGGAGGGCAGCAGUGUCUGCAGGUUUAACUCCAGUUCUGGAGGGCCGCAGUGCCUGCAGGUUUAACUCCAGUUCUGGAGGGCAGCAGCAUCUGCAGGUUUAUCUCCAGUCCUGGAGGGGGCACUGUGGCUGCAUCAUAAGGUCACCACUGUGAACCAAUGAUCGUUUUGUGCUGUGGAUAAAAAAAAAUACUCUUGGAACAAAGGAGUUUAGCCGCUACGAAUUUAAAGAAAGAGACUGCCCCAAAACUAAGCCCAGCUGUGCCUUCAGGAUCCCACCACAGAAGAUCUGAACUCAGGGAUACUCCCAUGCAGGCGAGUGGCCAAUGAACAGCUCGGGAAACGGAGAGAUUCAGUGCCUCUGUUUCACCGAAUAUUGGCCUGAAAAUCUGCUUUAUAUAUACACGUUUAACGCCUGCAAAAUACUGAAAUAUGAAUCCCAGUCUCUGGGGUUUCUCUGGAAAGAUUAAUCAUCUUACUUAUGUCAUUCCACGUUUAUUUCCAGUUAAGUCAUUAAAAUGCCUUUGAUUUUCAUGAACAGCUAUUGUUCACUAAUGUAAGCUUUUCCUCCAGAUGGCAAAAGUGUUUUGCCAAACAAUGUGAUCAGCUUUGUUUGUUUAAAUCGUAGUCAUCAGAGUAAUACAUUGCUUUUCAGACAAUCAUAUGAAAUGGACCAAGUACAGAGAAAUUGUAUUACUGUCCUUUUACAUCUCCUGUGAUCUGUUAUUGUUUCUUACUGGGGUGAAGUCUCUUUGGGGAUUAACUCCCAGAAACUGUUUGGCAGUAGGAGAACUAGAUAUUAUUGGUUUAAUUAGCUCAUUUAGCUCAUACACCCUGCUGUUUAAAUAUAUGGAUGUAAUGGAUCUGUAACUCUGACGCAUGCUUGACUCUGAUUUUACAGUUCACUCCUGCAAUUUUAUAUUCAAAAAAUAAAACUAGUAAAACCACUAAUAAA